CCUGAAUGAACCUCAUGCUAUACCAAUACGGUAGAUAUCACACAGGAUGGCGGUGACUCCCACCCAAUUUGCGCGCGUAACGCGCCAGUCGGCGAACUGGAAUGAUGCAAAGCGACGAGUGCUAGCUGCCUACCGAGAAUGGAUCCGAGCUGCCCCCGAGAUCCAAACAAUGUACUCUGUUCCGUUCCCCGUAUCGAGUAUCCGCACGCGGAUGCGACAGGAAUUCGAGCGACACCGAUACGUGAAUAAGCUAGGAGUGGUCGACGUGAUGCUUAUGCAAAACAAUGCGGAGUACCAGGAAAUGAUGAACUUCUGGAAGCAGACCACACACGUCAUGUCAUAUUUCGAGUCUGAGAAUUUUCGAGGAUCAGACAGGCUGCCGCGCAACUUUAUGCAAGGUUUCCUAGAAGGGCGCAAUUAGAAUUGGGUAUCAGAAGUCCAUAUAUUGUACAUGAAACAUCAAGAAGCCCGAAUGCCUCUAUAGACGUGGUUUUACGCCAAACGCCGCACUAUGCUAUACCUAUAACGAAUUUUCUAUCUCUCGUACCGAGCCUGUUGUGAAAGCCUAAAGCAAUUAUGCCGGAUCAAGCCGAUCGGGACUUUGUUGCCAUAAACUUCUCUCUUUGUGCCCAAAAUUCUUCGGAGACCACAUCACACAAAUCCUCUAAAUCUUGCAGCCCCUUUUCUAAUGCUGCAGUGGCUGUUGUUGUAUCUAGAGAGUCAAAAGUUAGCCAGAGUAGCGCAGGGGAUCAACAAGUACGACAACCACUGAAAGUCCUACCAUAAGUUUGAAUUCUUAGAUUCAUCUUCUCCUCUGAUGGAUGGGGGAUAGCAUAAGCGCAAAAUUCGACAUCGGGGCUGAUCAAAUUUUGUUAGCCGCAAGACGACCAUAUAAUUGCGGAGAGAUAGCCUCAUUUUACGUACUUCUUCAUGAUGAUGAAUCGAAGGGCAUUACCCAGAGUAUGGCCCUCCUUAAGGAACUCAAAGGAUGCUGCUGUGCUUGUAGAUCCGGGCAGCUAGAAUGGUAAUUUUGUUAAUACAUUUGCUGUUGAAAAUAGGAAAUGGCAAUGAUUAAACUUACAAUGCGGACUCUCUGAGGCUCUU